AUGUCUAGUCCACAGCAGUUUAGAGAGCUCUGCCGCCUUGAAAAGCACACAGGGCCAACUUCCGGAGUACUGCCGGGUUUCGUGCAAGCUAAUCUUUUAAUUCUUCCUUCGUCAGCAGCAGAAAGCUUCGAAGACCUAUGUUUUCGCAAUCCUGUUGCUUGCCCACUUCUGACCAAAACAGUUGAUACCCCCCAUCGGCUAGAAAACCAUUCAGAUUUUAUCAAAGACGAUAGCUUUGAUAUUUGCCGAGAUUUCCCCAAGUAUAACAUAUACCGCGAUGGCAGGCUAAUCGAACAAAAAACUAAUUGCAUAGAUGAAUGGAGCGACGGGCAUGUGGGGUUUUUAAUUGGGUGCUCAUUUUCGUUUGAAAAUGCUCUAACUAAGGCUGGACUGGUUCCCAAAAACGUAGCACGAGGUUCUAACGUAUCUAUGUUUGUCACAAAUAAGCACCUCGACACUGUGGGCAUAUUCCAUCUAUGUCCGUAUGUGGUUAGUAUGAGGCCAUUUAAGUCUUGUGACGUUGAGAGGGUUAGACAGGUAACAAGAGCCUUCAAAAAAACUCAUGGAGAACCAAUUGACUGGGGUUUUGAUGGCGCUCAAAGGUUGGGAAUCCGAGACUUGAAUAAUCCCGAGUACGGUGACCCCAUAGAAAUUUCUGAAGAUGAAAUACCAGUGUUUUGGGCCUGUGGUGUCACACCUCAGCUGGCAGUUGCAACGGUUGGCCAUUUGAUUGAUGGUAUAGUGAUGGGCCAUACACCGGGACACAUGUUGAUAUUAGACACGACGGAGGCUGCUUCUUUGAGCUCCCACACAUAA